ACUUCUAUCCUCCACUUCUAUCCCGUUUCCAUUCCCUUAAUUAUUUAAAGAGAGGGAAGAAGAAGGAGAAGAAACUGGGAAGUUAUCGAUAAUGUCUGCUGUUCCUUCGGCCGCCCAAGAGGAGUCCCCUCGGAGCCUCCAAUUCCAUGCACAUGCAGCCUCCACCUUCUGUACGGCACUCCUACUCAUCUCUUUCACGUUGUUGCUGCUCUUCUACCUCCGCCGCAGCCAGAAGGUCAACAAGGAAACCAGCAGCCUCCGCCUCCCACCCAGCCCGCCGGGCCUCCCCGUCAUCGGCAAUCUCCACCAGAUCGGUGACCUCCCCCACCGCUGCCUUCACCAACUCUCACUUGCCUACGGCCCCCUCCUCCGCCUCCGGCUCGGGAGCGUCACUGCCCUCGUCGUCUCCUCCCCCGCCCUCGCCCGAGACAUCUUCAAGACCAACGACCUCGCACUCUGCUCCCGCCCCAACCUCACGACCUGGCGCCGCUUCUCCUACGGCGGCCUCGAAGUCGCUCUCUCCCCCUACUCUCCCCGAUGGGCCAGCGCCCGCCGGCUCUUGUCCGUCCACUUCCUCUCCCCGCGCCCGGUCCGAGGCCUCUCCGCCGCCAGGGAGGAGGAGGUACGAACCCUGAUGAACACCGUGGCCGCUGCUGCCGGGUCCGGCCGCACGGUCGACCUCAGCAAGAGUCUGAUCUGUUUGGUGAGCUGCGUUAUAUGCCGGGCCGUGUUCGGGAAGAGGUUCGCGCCAGCGGGGGAAUGCUUGAUGAGCGAGAUCGGGGGCAUGUUAUCUCUGACGGCGGAGCUCUUGGGGGGAUUCGUCGCCGGGGACUUCUUCCCGUGGGCGCACCGCUGGCUCAACGCUGUCACGGGAGUGCAUAAGAGGCUGGAGAGGAACUUCAAGGAGUGGGACAACUUGUUCGAAAGGGAAAUAAAAGAGCGGGAAUGCGCCGGCACCGGCAGUAGUGACGACGGCACGUAUGCCAGUGUUCUGGUGCGCUUACUCAGAGAGGAACAGGAACAGAGUAACAACGAAGGCGCGCGACUCGCGAGGGACGGCGUCAAAGCUCUUCUCUUCGACUUGAUGUUCGGCGGAACGGACACAACGGUGGCGACAAUGGAAUGGACCAUGGCGGAGCUAGUGAGGACUCCUCGAGCGCUCGCUAGAGCCCAGGAGGAAGUCCGCCGAGUGGCAGCCGGAAAAAGCUACGUCUACGAGGGGGACCUCCAGCGGCUCAGCUACCUGCACGCCGUCGUCAAGGAGAUCCUCCGACUCCACCCGGUCGUCCCCCUGCUGCUGCCCCGCGAGUGCCAGCAGCACUGUAAGGUCGGUGGCUAUGACGUCGCCGCCGGCACUAGAAUCUACAUCAACGCGUGGAGCAUCGGAAGGGAUGCUGACGCAUGGGAUAAGCCCGAGGAGUUCCGGCCGGAGCGGUUCGAGGGCAACUCCGUCGACUACCUGGGGCAGUGCUUCGAGCUGGUGCCGUUCGGCAGCGGCCGGAGGAUCUGUCCUGGGAUCUCGAUGGCAGAAUCGCUUAUGUGGCUUACACUUGCCAAUCUCUUACACGGCUUCGACUGGGCAUUGCCGGAGGGAGUGAGAAGGGAAGAUCUGGACAUGAGCGAGGUGUUUGGGCUGGUAGCUAGCAAGAAGGAACCGCUUGUGCUGAUGGCAACUCCGGCUAAAUUUUUUUAAUUGCAUUACGCUUAAAUAAAUAAAUAAAUAAAUAAACAAACAUAUUAACUAUUUUGUGACUUUAAUUUCAUCAAU